UAACUUCCUGUCUGUCCCGGAAGUAGUUAGACACUGAGCAAGAGAGCUAGCCUUGUGAUUCAUGUUGUGAAAAGGACGCUAAAAAACAAAAUGUCAGCUCAAACGAUAACAGUUACAGUUGCAUACGGAUCAACUAAGCACAGCAUCACAUUAACUGGACAGGAUGAUGGCAAAGGCCCCAUUGUCAAAGACCUCGCAGAGGCUCUCACCCAAGCUACUGGAGUUCCUCAAACGUCACAGAAACUCAUCUUUAAAGGAAAAUCGCUAAAAGACGUGGAGGAGAGUCUGUCCAGCUAUGGAAUAAAAGAAGGCUGCAAACUCAUGAUGAUUGGAAAGCGGAACAGUCCUGAGGAGGAAGCUGAACUGAAGAAGCUGAAAGACAUUGAAAAGUCUGUGGAACAAACAGCUAAAAAGCUGGAGAAGGUAGACGGGGAGUUGACUGGACUCAAGAAUGGCUUCCUGGCCAAAGACCUUCAGGCAGAGGCGUUGGGUAAACUGGACCACAGAGUGAAAAUUGCAGCUGAACAGUUCAUGAAGAUCCUGGAGCAGAUCGAUGCUUUGAGUAUCCUAGAGAAUUUCAAUGACUGCAAAAUUAAGAAAAAGGGACUUGUAAAGAUGGUGCAGGAUUUCCUGGCCCAGUGUGACAAGAUCGAGGCUUGUAUAGCAGACCACCUAUCAAAGAUCCAGUCGAAAAAUCUUGCCCUGGCAGAGUAGAGUCACAAAGUCUCACAUAUCAUGCUAUACAUUGCUCUGUGAGCAACUGCAAAGUGUGCAAAAAGCGUCAAGUGUGGAUGUGAUUAUUGUCUAUUUAUUGCUGGAUUGAUGUGUACGAGAGAGCGCUCAUCACAGACAAUCCUGUGAAGGAGGUUGGUUAUUGGCGCUGUUGCUACUUACAUCUGGGAUACGUUCUCUGGGUUAAAGAGGUAUACGGGGGGUGUGCUUCUCAAGAUAUUGUUACCACAGUGACUCUUUGAAAAGAUCAGAUAAUUGUGAACUGCCAUGACCAAAUGUCAAAUAUUCCACGAUGAAGUCCAAAAAAGAUUGCUAAAAUGCAUCAGUUCAUCAUCCAGUAUCUCACAAACUAUACAAUUACUCAUUGUGAUGUACCAACUGUGCAGUGUUCCAUGUGGCAUGUUGUACACAUAUGGCCAAAAGUAUGUGGACAUUAAUAGAAUCAGUCCGCCAUGCUAACAGCAUCCACUCUUUUUUCACAGAAUUGUGGAACCUGGAUAGGGGAAAGUUUUUACUAUUUGUUUUUAUUUGUUUACUAUUUUUUCUAAUAUACUAUUUCUUGGAACUAAGGGGCCAACCCCAAACUAGAGCUGAAACCAUUUGUUGAUUGAAGUAAAGGCAAUCAGCAACUAAUUUGGAUAAUCAUUUAAUGGUUUGUCCCGCAAAAAUGCUAAAUAUUCUUUCACUUCCGCUUCUCGCUUGCUGCUUAUCUUCAUCAUAUAGACACAAUCAAUUUGAUGGCAUCAGGAACAUUUUCACAUUUUAUAGACCAAAGAAUAAAUGCAUGUUACUUGCAACCCCAGCCCACGCUUUAAAAUAGACCAAUAGUUAUACAAUGCUGUCCACAAACCUUUGGCCAUAUGUAUAUUCAUUGUUCUACGUUGAGUCGGCACUGAGCUUUUGUUUAAUCCAGUGACUGAUCCCGUCUAAUUAUGUAUCUUUGAAAUGAGUGGGAACUGUGGAAUUGUUAAAAGCUUUAACCAUCAUUCAAGACUUACACAUCACAUCUAUUUUCCUUUGUUUUCAAAUAAAAAAAACUUCUAAAAAUGAA